AAAUCAUGUUUACCUAAAAUAUGAUAGUUUGUCUAUUCUCUAGGUCAUUGAAAGUCAAGUAUGUGAGGAACAGUCUCAAUCUUUGCUAAGAAGGAAGCCUGUAGAUCCUCAGAGCAUCAAGAUGACUAGUAAAAGAUCCCUUCGCUCCAAUAACAAGAAAAUAGUUCGAAGCACCAAAACAUCUGAAAAUUCUAUCAAAACGGCCACAAGUGACCCCUGCUUUCUUCUAAAAAUGAAAAACAGACAAAAGAAAAUUAAAACGACAAAAAGAAAACAUAGAAAACCAGCAACCACAAAGAACUGUUCCAUCGCCAACCACGAUUCAUUCCUUAAAUUGCCACAUAAUUCAUUUUUACGAAAGAAUAAAUAUGGAGAAACUUUGUUACAUAAAGCUGCAAAACAGAACAAUAUAGAUCUAGUUUAUAAGCUAAUAAAGGCUGGUGUAAACGUAAAUGCACUUGAUAACGCUGGUUGGACCCCACUACACGAAGCUUGUGUUUUUGGCCAUUUUGAUGUAGCCAAGUGCCUGCUGGAGGCUCGAGCCAAUGUCAAUGCGAAAGGUCUGGGACAUAUAACUCCAAUAUAUGAUGCUGUAAAGGCAGGUCACUUUGAGAUUCCUGACAGUGACAUACUUUACAACAGUAUGAAAGGCAAUAAUGGAGAUAACAUCACAGCUUUUCUUAACUAUUCGUAG